CGAGCGAGUAUUUAACAAGUGGUGGGAGGUCAGGGUCUUCGCGUUGCGUCGAUUCGCCACGGGAAGGGCGAAAGACUCCCUCCUUGUCUCCGAGCUCUCCUCUCGCUGUCCGCCUCCGUCUCUGACCGUCGCCGACUCGGCUGCCAUGGAGCCCGCUGCUCGUGUUGUCACUGUCGAAUCGAUCAACCCGAAGGUUUUGCAGUGUGAGUAUGCUGUCCGAGGUGAAAUUGUUAUCCAUGCCCAGAGAUUACAGCAGGAGCUGCAAAACAAGCCAGGGUUUCAUCCAUUUGAUGAGAUAUUAUACUGUAAUAUUGGGAAUCCUCAGUCUCUAGGCCAGCAUCCCAUUACUUUUUUCCGAGAGGUUCUUGCCCUGUGUGAUCACCCAUCUCUUCUGGACAAAACUGGGAUUCACGCCUUGUUCAGUGCUGAUGCAAUAGCAAGAGCUCAGCAGAUUUUGGAUGUGAUUCCUGGUAAGGCCACUGGAGCUUACAGCCACAGUCAGGGCAUUAAAGGAUUACGAGAUGCAAUCGCUGCUGGAAUUUCUUAUCGUGAUGGCUUUCCUGCUAAUCCAGAUGAUAUUUUCCUAACAGAUGGAGCAAGCCCUGCGGUGCACAUGAUGAUGCAGUUAUUAAUAAGAUCUGAGAAAGAUGGCAUUCUCUGCCCCAUUCCACAGUACCCAUUAUAUUCCGCCUCCAUUGCUCUCCAUGGCGGCUCUCUUGUUCCGUAUUACCUUGACGAAUCAACUGGCUGGGGAUUGGAGAUUGCAGAGCUUAAGAAACAACUAGAUGUUGCUCGAUCCAAGGGAGUCACGGUUAGGGCAUUAGUUGUGAUAAAUCCAGGCAACCCCACUGGACAGGUUCUUGCAGAGGAAAACCAGAAACAAAUUGUUGAUUUUUGUAAGAAUGAGGGUCUGGUUCUUCUGGCUGAUGAGGUAUAUCAGGAAAAUAUAUAUGUUGAUGAUAAGAAAUUUAACUCUUUCAAGAAAAUUGCAAGGUCCAUGGGAUAUGGAGAUGAAGAUCUCCCAUUAGUAUCGUUUCAGUCAGUUUCUAAAGGUUACUAUGGAGAAUGCGGAAAGAGAGGAGGGUACAUGGAGGUAACUGGCUUCAGUGCUGAAGUGAGAGAACAAAUUUACAAGCUGGCAUCUGUAAACCUUUGCUCGAACAUUUCUGGUCAAAUUCUUGCUAGUCUUGUAAUGAAUCCCCCAAAGAUCGGAGACGAAUCAUAUGAAUCUUUCAAUGUAGAGAAACAAGGGAUUCUUUCGUCUUUGGCCAGACGUGCAAAGGCUUUGCAAGACGCAUUUAACAGUUUAGAAGGCGUAACAUGCAACAAAACUGAAGGAGCAAUGUACCUCUUCCCGCGUCUGCACCUACCUAACAAGGCAAUUCAAGCAGCCAAGGCAGUGAAUGCAGCACCAGACGCGUUCUAUGCUCGGCGCCUUCUCGAUGCCACAGGCAUCGUAGUUGUUCCUGGAUCAGGCUUUGGGCAGGUACCUGGAACAUGGCAUAUAAGAUGCACGAUCCUGCCACAGGAGGACAAGAUUCCAGCCAUCAUCUCCAGGCUCAAGACAUUCCAUGAGGCUUUUAUGGGAGAAUUCCGCGAUUAAAACUCACAAGAUCAUUCUGUUUUCCUGUCAAAGUUUUAAGUUUUUGAGGUCAUUCGAAUAAAGCAAAAAAAAGACUAGUCCAUUCAUGUUUUUGUUAUGUUGGAUGGAUCGACCAAACGCAUGGAUUUGGUACAUGAAACAUAGAUCUUUUUCGUCUGGUAACUGAAACAGUGUUCAUUGAACACAAUCUGCCACCUUAGUAAAAGCUCUCGACAUCCAUUGAGCACUUGCUUCCCA